GAAACUCCAGACCGGAUCCCCGCUUGUUGUUUAUGUCUCGCGCCCCCCGGACUCACGCACUCACCGACUGUCCUCUGACUCUGAAUCCGACCAUGAGCGUUCUUCUUCGGGCUUCGUGUGUGCUCCUCCUCGGCCUCCUUUGGCUCUCCCUCUCCCCGUUCGCCUCGUGCCGGGUCCGGGUCCGGAUCCCGCCUCACGACCAAGUGGCCCAGGUCGCGCGCUUCGUCGCGCACCAGUGCGACUGGGCCUCCAUGGCCACCAUCUCCACCCACAAGCCGGUGGUGGGACAGCCGUUCUCCAACGCCUUCUCGGUGAGCGACGGGCCGGAGGGCUUCGGUACCGGGGUGCCCUACAUGUACCUGACCCGCAUGGAGAUCUCGGUCCAGGAUCUGGAGGUAACGUAGUCUACGUCCCUGUGUGUGUAGUAUUUAAAAGUACCACAAAGUUCCUGUAAAGUGUGUAACUUCAUCGAGUUCGCUGUGUGCAGAACUCCAUUGAAAAAACAUGCGAUUUAGUGCGUGUGCCGUGAUGCGUUUUCACUGUUUCUUUAGGAGUUUAUGUGGCUGCACCGUUCAGAACUCCAUUGAAAAAACAUACAAUUUAGCGCGGUUGCCUUUAACUCUGUAUUAUCUCACGUGACAUCUUUUUCACAGACUAUUAUUAGGAAGUUAUUAAUGAAAACCAACCAUGAUAUUUCUAUAAUAUUACUAUAGGGGUUUAAUGUA